AUGUUUCUGUUUCUGUUUCCUUUCCCUUUUCGCCUUGUCGCUGGUUUCCCCGGACUGAACGAUGCUAUUUCCAGCAUGACCGGACAGGGCGAUGACCGUCUUGCAUUAGGAGCCAGCCCGGCAUACAAGGAGCGUGCCGGUCGGGGUGCGGAAAUUAAACGGCCUUUUGAGAAAAGGACCCGCCUAUCUGCCAUUACUUGUCAUGACGCGAAUAUUGCAUGGACAAGAUGUGAUUGUCACUGA